AUGUACAACAACAAGGAUAUCGACGAGAACACGCAUCUUUUGAGAUUCAAACGGGAUCAUUCACCUUCUUUUACUACUACUACUACUCCUACCACUCGUCGCCUACCUCAUUCCGCCACCUUGCAUGAUUCCAUCCAAGAGACCAUAUCUAUUCUCGCACUUGCAUGGCCUUUACUCAUUACAUUUGUUGUUGGAUAUGGAAUGAAACUCGUUGAUGUCUGGUUUUUAGGAAGACUUGACACGGAAGUCAUGGCAGUCGUCAGCCUUAGUAAUCUUUGGUGUACUGUGGGCGGGUUCGCAAUGGGUAAUGGGCUUUUGACUGCCAUCGAUACCCUGGUUGCUCAAGCGUUCACAGCAGCCACCAACUCGACGACAUUGGGCAUCAUUUUGCAGCGUGGUUUACUCAUCAUGGCAUGUGUUGCUGCACCCAUCAGUAUCCUAUGGAUGUUUGCUGAACCCAUCCUUGUAAGCAUUGGCCAGGAACCUGAUCUUGCCCAUCUUGCACAAAAGUACAUUUAUUUCUGCAUCCCCUUUGUCUACAUGGUGUUCGUGUCCACCGCUGUACGCAAAUUUUUACAGAGCCUCGGCAAAAUGCGCGUGACCAUGUUUAUGUGUGUGUCGUUGUUUCCACUCAAUUACCUAUCCAAUCUGGUUUGGCUCAAGUAUAUGCAUCUUGGCUAUGUCGGUGCCGCUAUGCAUUUUGCCACCUUCCAUACGAUGGUGUUUGUUGUCUAUAUGACCUUUCUUCUUGGGGGUACCAAGUUUGUCCGUUCCUAUUGGCCUGGCUGGUCACAACAAGCGUUGCACCACUGGAAACCUUUUCUGAAACUUGGUAUCCCAGGAAUGUUAAGCGUGGCAACCGAUUGGGCAUUUGAAGUGUGUGCUCUAUUGUCAGGUACCUUGGGGAAAACAAGUCUAGCAGGCCAAUCCAUCGUCCUCACGAUUAACUCCCUUCUUUUAAUGAUACCAAGUGCUUUAUCCAAUGCAGUGCUAGUGCGUGCUGGUCAUCAUCUUGGAGCAGGAAGAUCAAAGCAAAUCCGUAUGUGCUUUGUGCUAUCUACCACGUUUGGUAUAUUGUUAUCCUUGAUCAAUGCCAUUGGCAUGUAUACCUUUCGCGAAUGGAUUUCCAGUCACUUUGCCAUUGAUCCAGAGGUGGUACAAGCAGCUGUGGAUUUGUUCCCAGUAGCUGCAUGCUGUCACUUUUUCGCUGGUGUGAGUGCCAUCUUUUCCGCCAUGCUCACUGCCCUCGGCAAGCAACCCGUAGUCGCUUCUUUCAACCUUGGAUCCUAUUAUGCGAUUGGUAUGCCGUUUGGUCUAUGGAUCACUUAUACCUACGAUUGGGGUUUGGAAGGGAUCUGGUCUGGUGUAGCCGUGGCUGGUAUUAUCAAAUGUAUCGGUGAAGGUGCAAUGCUCCUUUAUUACGUUGAUUGGGAGGACGAGUGCCAAAAAGUUGGACGUGUUAUUGGAAGUCAAGAGAUCCCACCUACUUUGAAAACCAUUCCCAUUACCAAAAACUCCAACGAUACCCUAUAG